CGCAUACAAGCCACUCAUCUCAAGGCUUGCUGCGCUCAAUUCCGUCGGCUGCCGUUCCCCAGGUUCUCUGGACCAGUAGAAUGUGCUAUAUCGACUCUUGAACUGGUCGAUAUGACGUGACACCUGCUGCCUUCCACUAUCUUUUUUCCUAUGGUAUUCUUUAUUGUUGCUCACUAUUGCCCUUGUGUCUGGACCUUUCUCAUUCUUGUAGGGUCACCUACGAGCAAUCAUUCCUUCCUUCUGCUUGGUUGUCUAUUCUGACAUACAUCUAUCUUCCUACUUUGCCCUUAUCAGGAUGUCGGCCCCAAACCCCCGGCUUAUCAAAUUCACCAAUGGAUAUCUCCUCAAAGAUGGCCAACUGGUGUCUGGUGAUUUGUGGGUGUCGUCAGAGACUGGACGUAUCAUGAGCCCCCAGACAGCCUUUUAUUCCUCUCGACGGACGGCCGACAAGAUCAUCGAUCUGCAAGGGAAGAUACUAGCUCCUGGUUUUGUCGAUGUCCAAAUCAACGGGUACCAUAAUUUCGACUUUUCCACACCUGAUCCAAACUUUGCGAUCAACUUUGCCGACACGAGGCGACAGAUGAUCAAAAGUGGUCUCACUUCUUUCGUGCCUACAGUCAUCAGCACAACCCCAGAUGCUUACCAUUCCGUACUGCCACACCUAGGCCCGUCCGGAAGAGAUCGGGAGACCAAUCAAGGCUGUGAAUGUUUAGGUGCCCAUAUCGAGGGUCCUUUUCUGUCUCCAGUUCGAAAUGGUAUCCAUAACCAAGAGGUGUUACGCGAAGCUCAUUCCUGGGCGGACGUUGAGGAGUGCUAUGGUGCAUCAAACCUUCAGUACGUUCGGUACAUCACGGCUGCACCAGAACGUGGUGCCAUGCUGUCACUGAUUCCCGAAUUCGUCCCUCGAGGUAUAGUCUUUUCUAUCGGUCAUUCCAAUGCCACAUUCGAACAGGCACAAGACGCUGUGGGUGCCGGAGCCACAAUGCUGACCCAUCUCUUCAAUGCCAUGACGCCUUUCGGACAUCGAGAUCCUGGAAUAUUUGGGCUGUUGGGGCAAUCUACCCCUUCGAGUCCAAUCACAACGCCCAGGCAAAGUCGACCAGGCAGUGCAUCGGCUUCACCACAUGGCUCUCCGAGGUCAUCAACACGGUCCACACCACGUUCCAGCCUCAGUAUCAGCACAUCAAUCUCAGAAUUAGAGGAUCGGGCGCGAUACAGACAACCAUAUUUUGGUUUGAUUGCUGACGGUAUUCAUCUGUCGGCGCAGGCUCUAAAAAUUGCUUACUCUGCCUAUCCUGAAGGCGCUAUCCUCGUCACGGACGCUCAGAAAUUUGCUGGCUGCUCUGACGGCGCCUACGAGUGGCGUGGAGAAGAUCGGUUUAUCAAGGAAGGCAAAGUCCUCAAGUUGGAGAGCAAUGGACGCAUUGCCGGCAGCGUCGUGGAUUUGAUCGAUUGUGUAAACAACUUCAGACGUUUUACAGGUGCCAGAACAGGCAAGGCCUUGGAGUGUGUGACGAGCACCCCUGCAAAGAUGCUAGGAAAGGAUAUCGAGAGGAGCAAAGGCAAACUUGAAACCGGCAUGGACGCUGAUUUGGUCGUUCUGGAAGAGGGCUCGGACGGAGAUUUGAGUGUCCAGCAAGUCUGGAAGUUUGGUAUUCAAGUUGUUUGAAUGGUGAAGUUUUGUACUGGAAAUUGGCUUUGAAAAGUGCUUCAACUCUGGCGUUUGGGAACAGGGGCUACUGCAGAUCACAUAUUGGCGAAACAAAGCG